AUGAUGUCGCCACAAACCUUCCACAACAUCAAAGUAAGCGGCGGCGGCGGCGGAGGUGCUAGAAGGAAAAUAGUCACAACGUCGCCAGCGGCGCUCCUAGCGAUCGUCGGUCUGCUGAUUGCCGUCUCGUGGACGACGUCGGCCGCCACUGCUGCGGCGGCGGCCACUACCGAGAAUGAUCAGAAGUCCAACAACCAGAACGCAAACCUUGACAGCAGUCCAUCGUACGGCGGCUCACCGUCGUCCAGUCAGAAUGAUAUCUACAUCGAUGACGACGGUCUGGAAGGAUCCGGAAGCCGCGGAGAAGUACAUGACGAUCUAGAGAAAGAAGACGACGAAGCGUCCGGAUCCGGGUUCGGGGACGACGACGAAGACUCUACCGCGCGCCGAACGUCGUCCUCGUCGUCCUCGUCGUCGUCGUCAUCCGGCAGCAACAUCAAUCACAUACUGCGCAGCGAUAACCUGCCCGGUUCAGGUGAUCAUGAAGAUAAUGAUCUCUACACAGACACCAACCUACCCCCCGUUGAUCCAUCGACCACCGACGACGAAGAUAUGCCCAUCGGUAAGGAGAACAGCAAGUCGUCUUCGUCUGCAGCGGGCGGCGGUUCGCGGUACCCGAACGCCGGCGAUACGCGCGAUCCAACCACCGAUAAGGAGCUCGAUCUAGAAGGGCUGCCACGUCACCACGCCACGCCAACCGAGGGCGGCAGUAGCGGCGGUAGUAGUAAUAACAACCAUCACGAUAACACCCUGUACGGUCCGGGCAGUGGCGUUUUGAUAAUGAAUGCCAAGAACGAUGACCGAACGGCCAGCUUCUUUGCACAGCCGGGCAUACUAGCUGCUGUGAUCGGAGGAGCUGUCGUCGGGUUACUGUGUGCCAUCCUGGUGGUCAUGUUCAUCGUGUACCGGAUGAGAAAAAAGGACGAAGGUUCGUACGCGCUGGACGAACCGAAGCGGUCACCGACCGCCAACACCUACGCCAAGAACGCGAAUAACAGGGAGUUUUACGCCUGAGAUUACUCGAUAGACUCGAGUGACGGUGAUUUCUAAGAAAAAGCCCCUCCAGUAGACGUGUCCCUCCCCCCCACCAGUGUGCGUGUGGAGGAGAGAAUAUGUUUGAACAGAUAAAAGAUGGGCUCGAACGAAACGCCUGAAUGCGCGAGGCAAAACACACUACACAUAGGCAUAAAUAACAACAACAGCACGCGAGGGAAGAGAGGAGCAGAGCGAGGCGCGCGUUAGCGUCCUCCAGGGAGAGGGAGCCAGGUACCACAGCUGAGCUGCUGCGCUGGUAGUAUAAUAAGUCUGGUAUAUAUACAUAUAUAUAUUAGGAGCAAGUUCUCAUGGCAGCAGAUGGCGGCGAUCGGGGGCGAAUAGUGGUAGCAGGGUGGACAGACCAGCACCGUGCUGUAUGCACGUGUGCCAGCGUACGCCACAAUCACGCCGCAACAGUCAGCAGCACCGUUGGUGGCAAGAGGUAACAUCCGACCGAUAGAAAAGAAAGGCUUCGCCCGCCCUCGUGCCGUUGAUGAGUCAUCAACCAUCCGGGGAUCCAUCGGCCCCACCAGAGAACCUUGGAGAGAAGCUUGGGAUUUCAUUCUAUGCGCCGGCCGCUACUGGCAUGCGUUACGUUCACAGCCGUGCAUCAUUUAACAUUGUGUCAUUUGAGAGGGGUUUUUUUGUUGAGUUUUAAAAUACUUUAACGACGCUCCCUGAAGAGAGAGAGAGCCAGUUUUAAUCGGAAAACUACAAAAUUAUGUUGUAUUGUGUAAGAGAUUCUCGAAUAGGUUGGCGUUCGCAAGCAGCUACUUUCUUUUUUUUUUGUUCCCAUGCAACCCACCCAUCUUAGUGUGCGGGGCGUCCAAACCGAUAACAAUGGCAGCUUCUGUUAGGCAACUAGGCACCAGGGAAUGAAUGAAUCCUGUAGGUGAAUCCUCAUUUGGUUUUAACACUUUAUUUGGCCUGCCAUACGUUCUUGGUUGGUUGUGUCGGGUAAGAAGCGGUUCUGUUUUGUGCGCGCGGGGAUAGAUAUUGGUUCGCCACCGGGGGGUACGCCAGAGUCACGGUGUCCGGAACCUAUAUAAUCGAUUUACGGUAAACACCGAACACUGGAUUUAAGUAUGUAUGGCGACAGGGGGUGGCGCAACCUAUGAUAGAGAGGUGAACGCGACAUAAGAAUCAACAUAUUGCAGAUUGCAAUGCAGGCUAAAACUGUAGGUUUAAGAAAAAAAGAUAGAUGUUACAUAUUUAUAAUGGUAAAAACAAACAAUUGCGCACCUUGUAAUCGUUUCGAACGCGAUCAGAGAAGACUCACAAUCGGGCAUAACACAAUCGUGUUUGAUUUCUAUCUCAAUCCUUCUUCGAAAGGCCGCAAAAGGCGAACAGAGAAGGGUGAAAAAACUGGGAAACAAUUGUCGACGGAAUGACAGCUGGCGAUGAAACAGAAAACCACUAACAGUUGAUGGUUCGUUGAUUUGAUUUUUUGAAUUUUGUUCCGCAAAGUUUCAAACCAACCCCCGAAGCAGGCGUUGGGUGUGUGUAAUGGGCAAUACUUUGUUGUGAAAGUGUAUGUAUGUAUGUGUGUGUGUGUGCGUGUUAGAAGGAGGCGUGAAAAUGGCGUGUAGGCAAUUACAAUAAUUUAUUCCGUUGACUUUACACGCGUCGUGGCGGCGGGGUAUUGUUUUGCAGAAGCAGAAAAAUUACUUUCCAAAACGCUUUGUUCAAUCAAAACACGAAAAUUGAAACGGUAUAUUAAUCAUAUUACACGUUUAUCUUGUGUGGUUUGACAGUAAGCGAUAGAGAACAGGAGCCGGACCCGAACCCACGAGUGGGAUAGUCUGUUUAAAGGGAACCACUAGGAAUGUAACGUAACCACAAACAUUUCAUAUUAUAAUUGCCAUACGAAUACAAGCAGCCAAGAACACACAUUAUUCGUAUAUACAGCUUGCAUUGGAGUGGUGAACGCGCGAGGGAUCCAGCACGCGGAUUGUUUCGCCGCCUGGCCGGAGUUCCUUUUCUGUUUGUUUGAUAUGCGUGCUACCUCUUGCGAAUGUAUCCGCGCGAGAGAAGUCGUUGAAUCUAUAUGCUAUCAGUUUUGUAUUUUUAUAUACAUAUAUACAAGCUCGGGUGCAUGUUAAAAAAGAGGAUUACAGUCGCCAUUAUGAUGCACGUGCACCAUACUGCACUCGGCUGCGGUGGUGGCGGUGCACUUUUGGAGUCUGGCAAGUAUAUAUAUACAGAAAGCCUUUAUCCUUUAUCGUUUCGGGCCCUGUCUAAUGCUUCGACAGUAACCUUUUCAGCGUACGCAUUUCCGUUGUCGGUUAUAUCUCAAAUAGAGGAAGCAAAACUAAGAAUCUUGUAGUAUACCCAAUCCGGCACGAACAAGGAAUGACGAACCAAGGACGGGUGGAUACGAAACGAUUGGAUUGAAACGAGAACACCGAUUCGCGGAGAAAACAUAUAUCAAUUUGCGAAGGAAACAAACAAUUCACUCUCGUCAAACAAAAGCAUAAUAUGCAAGUUGCUCUCAGACAACAAACACACAACUAAACAAGCGCCACUAAGAGAAACUAUUUAGCUUUGUGAAUCAACGUUACACCGUACAAUUACAAACGGAAUCGUCGUCGUUACACGGAGAGAUGGUGCCUCAGAACACGCAGAAUAUCGAAUCGCAGAGCAAAACCAUAGAGCAACAAACUGCAAGCUGAUGACACGCGAAUCUAAGUGUAACUGCAAGAACCACGUGUGUACUAUGUCUUAUUAUAAACUUCAAAUAAUCAUACAUGCGAUGGAACACGGAGAUGGUUACAAACGAAGCCCCCAGGACGCCCCAUUGUGUGAGCGAUGAAACAAUAUCAAUCCAUCAAUCUACUUCUUGUAAUGGACGCGGCUCUGCUAUCGUGUUGGAUCUCGGUGUUGGAUGAUCCCUUCGCGGGGCUUUUUCCGUUUUCCGAAUGUAAGUGCGCGAAUAGUGUUUACGGUGGUAGCAGCUAACCUUUUCCGGGAUAAAUCUGCUUGCUCAUAAUGCAGUGUUAUACGUAAGCUGUGGCACGUUGAUGGAAGGAAACUAUAAGCGCUCUAAGUAAAUUAGUUGUAGAAUGGCCUUGUGAAUUGAUUUUGGGGACAGAGAAUGUGACCAAUGCGCGCGGAACUUUACGCUCUCGAUUACUCGAUACCAACCAGCUUCCCUUCCGCGUAAAUCUGCGCGUAUGGAUGCGGGAGAGAUGCUGCUAAUAUUUUCAAAAUCCCUGCGCUCACCACUUUUUCUAAGGCCUAACGUGCGAACGUACAGUUUGACGGCGGCUGUGUGUAAGACAACUGACACACACACUUAUGGCCUCUGCAACCGUAACUCCACUACAGUAACUAAUUUCAAACUCUGUGUCAAGCGGGGAUAAAGCGAAACAAAAUUACGCCACUUAUGUUGCGGGAUGGCGGACACGCGUAUAAGCCAGCAUUUUUUAUCUUCCACUAUUUUAUAUUAUCUUUAAGGCAAACGGAACAUUAUUUAACCUUUUUUUACAAGAUUGGAUUAAUUUACGCUUUCUGUACCCCGUAUUUUUGUUUUUGUUUUGUGCCAUCGAACGAGGUCCGGUGCGCCGCGUACGUUCCUCUGCUCUUCCGCUGAGUGUGUAGUGUCUUGUACACAAAGGAUUCUGUUUCUUGUUCCAUGCUUUUCGACUGCAAUUGAACUAACCGCAUUUACUCCCUCGCUCUCGAUGGCGUUUUGGUUGAGACGAGAACGGACGAACAGGACGACAUUCCGGCAAUUAUAGCGAAAACUACAAUAGCACGUUUUUCACGUGGAAUGUCUGUGUGUUGCAUGUGUAGCAGAAGCUUGAUAAAGUUUAUGAUUCUGGAAGAGCAAAAAAGGAUAUCAUCCUGUCCCCACAUCCGCACUUCAGAUUCCUAUUGCUGUUGCGCAUUGUGUUUGAACAAACGGCAACAUAAUCAUAGCCGCGCACCAUCCAACAGUCCGUUGUUUGAUAAAAUGGCAACCACACGUAUUUCUGAUCACCAACAGCAGCGGGGGCAGUGGCGGCGGCGGCGGGCUAUAAUAACAAAACAUAUACGGGAGACGCGCGCGCGCAACAUUUGGGCCACACUAAUCUUCUCUUAGCAAAACCGAAACACAGAUGUGUACUAAUAGGAGGAAAGUAAGAAAAGAAAAACACAACUCUAACAUAUAAUAAACACUAUCGGAUAAAGAACGAGUGUAAUGCAAACAGAGCAGCGCGCACGGGAGAAGAGUGCAACUGUGAAAGGAGAACGCAUUGUAAAUAAAGAAAUCUUACAGUGUAAUAAACAAAAGUGGUUAUGCUCGAGA